CCUUAAAGCUUACUACAUCAAUGUUGUCAUUGGAGUUAUGACUUGUUUACAAGUUAGAAUAAGUUAACCUGUACAAGAAUUCUUUAGAGGCUUGUAUUAGAUUAUGCUAGAGUGUACUAUUUGGCACAUCUUUGCUAUCAGAAUGCCACCUAAGAGAGGAUGCCCUGCGAGAAACAAUAACAAUCGCAGAAACCGUAACGCUGUACCCGAAGAACCACAAGAUGCUCGAGGACAUAACCCAUGCCCUCCGCCCCCGACUAGGAGAGUCGAAGAACUCUUUUUAAGGCAAAAUCCACCUACGUUUGACGGAACAAGUGAACCGGCUGAAGCUGAGAUUUGGGUGCGUGCAAUGGAACGUAUUUUCAACUUUCUACGUUGUACUGAUGAGGAGCGCCUAUCUUGCGUCUCAUUCCAGCUAACAGGAUCAGCGGAUUUCUGGUGGGAAGCACGUCGAAAAAUUCUGACACCUGAACAAUGGGCAAGUUAUACUUGGGAAGAUUUUAAGACAGGAUUAUAUGAUAAAUAUAUUCCGAAAAGCUAUAGGAAGAAGAAAGAAGCUGAAUUCUACGAGUUGAAGCAAGGAAAGAAAUCUGUGGUUGAAUACGAUAAGGAAUUCUGCAACCUGUCUAGGUUUGCUCCGCAACAAGUGGACACAGAGGAGAAGAUGGCAGAGAAAUUUUGUGCCGGACUGCGGUACGAAAUUAAGAUGGCUCUAGCAAGCCACGGAGGACUCUCAUACACGGAGUCUCUGAACAGGGCACUUGACAUUGAAGCUGCAAUGCCGUCAGACAAGUCAGUCCCACCAUUGAUCUCUACGCCAAAUGAUCCACCAGCAGCCUCACAUACUCUCAAAGGGAAGCGCAAGUGGGACAACAACGAAGACAAUAUCAAUCAGACUAGUAAGAAAGUGUGGCAAGAAAAGGAACAGGCCGAACAGUUUAUUCAACCAAGGCACGAGGCACAGACUAACCUCGAGUCAACUGGGGGUAGCCAAAGUCAGAGAGGAAUUUCACCUUGCCCAAAUUGCGGUAAGAUGCAUAGGGGUAUCUGUCGGGCUGGAACUAACGGUUGUUACAAUUGUGGCCAAAAAGGUCACUACUCCACGCAAUGCCCCAACAGACAACGAGGUUCAGCAAUUGAAAACACCCGCACCCCUUUGCCAGCAAUACGUGGACACUUGCGAAAUCAGCCUCAAUCACAUCAGUGAAAAUCUUAUGGACACACCGCAGACAAGAGAAGCUACACAGGAACUUGAACACAAGAUGAAGGAAAAAUACCCCGAACUGUUUAGUAGAGAUAUGCAAAUUUCGGGACGAAAUUUUUGUUAAGAGGGGUAGUAUGUAGUGACCCGCUCUUUUAUAUAUAUAAAUAAAUCCAGUUUAUGGUCUUGAUUUUUUUUAGAAACAGAGUUAUUAUUUUAGCUUUAUUUUUUUUUAACGUAUGAGAAAAACGCGACGAUGAUUAUUAUGCUAUUUAAUAAUUAUUAUUUCCAAUUUAUAACUGACUUAGCAAAGUCAUGUUAUUUAUUAAUCGAAAAACAGAAGCAGUUAUAUUUUAUUAGUGCUACUUGAAGUCGAGAAAUUAUUCCGACUGCAACGCAGAUUAAAUAUACGGAUUUAAUCUAGAUAUUAAAUGACUUGUGAAGUGAAUUAAAUCUACGGAUUUAAUUUAUACAUGAAUAAUGAGCAGAAGCCAAUAUUUGAUUGCAAACACGUGAUUAAAUAGUAAAUGCACUGAGUAACCAAGACACAAAGAUUUAUUAUUAUUUACAAUUAGAACUUCAACCACCACUAUCAAUCAAUGCAGUAAUUGAUUUUUUUUUCUGAGUACAAGAAGAAAUCUUUGCAUAUAAGCUCACCACUGGCAGCAAGAGUGACGCAGUACAUUUGGGUUAAAAAAAAAAAAACUCUCGAAUUUGCUGGCUUUAGGAGGAAGAUCAUGAUUAAGACAAUCAUCUUCCACUAUCUAAUUAUUUUAUCAACCACUACCUCCACUUAACAAAAAUGAGACCUACGCACUAGCCUGUGCCACCACCCUUUUUCUCCACCAAACUUUCCACUUACUUCAUUCCUUCUCUCAUACACCAAGCACCAGAAAGGGAGAUGAAGUUCCUGCUGCCAACUGCCAAGUAUCGAGAGUUCCUUCCCCAUUGAAUUCAUUAUCAACAACAGCAGCUACCAACACAAAAUACUCAAGGUCAAGCGCGAGAGUAAGAACUACACAAGGAGUUAGAGUACCUUAACAAAACUUUGCUAUCAGGUUGAGUUGUGAUGGGCGAUGAAGUGUUGCUGAGUGGAGUUUUUGUUGAACUUAAAGUAGGCUCAGAAAGGAUACAUGUCUUCAUACAUGUAUCUCAGUUAUGCAUUCCGCUGUAAACACUGAUUAUUUCAGUUACACCUUCCGUUGCAAACUCUGAUAAUGUUUUAGCCAAGCCCCUAACGAUGCCUUUUUCCUUUUAAGGAAUAUAACGCGAAUACAAGUUCUUUGAGUACCCUUUUUAUGCGAACUAUGCCUUUUUCCUUUUUAAGGAAUAUUUCACGCGUAUUCAA